AUGCCCAACUUCUACGGAGGCACCCACUACCACUAUGGCGUCGACGCCAACAUCGUCGUAGCCCUCCUGCUGCAGCAGCAGCAACAACAUCAGCAGCAGCAGCGACAGCGACACCGCCCCCGCCUGGGCAACGGCGCUGGCGGAGCGCCCUCUUCUGCGCCCCGCCGCCUCCAACUCGAGGCGCCGCCUUCGGGCCCCCGACGCUUCGAGCCUAGGGAGGGCUCCAGGCGCACCCGCAAGCGCGAGAAGUACCGGGCCAUCGGCCGUGAGAAGGAGGCCGCGAAGAAGGCUGAGGAGGAGAGGAGGGAGAAGGAGAAGGAGGAGGAGGAGGAGAGGAAGAAGGAGGAGAAGGAGGAGAAGGAGGAGAAGAAGGAGUAG